CUAUCAAAGUCAGGAAGUUACACACAGCACUGUAGACAGAAGUAUCAGUGAGGGACAAUAAAGUGCAGUUCUUACUAUUUCACUUUCUUUUCUUUAUUAGACGGUUACCUGGAGAAAGGAUCAUUUUAAAUACAUACCACUUAAAAAAGAUAUCAUAGACUAAAGAUCCUGAGAGGUAAUUUGCAGUUCAUACAAUGUAUUCUGAUUAGCUGAAAAACAGAGAAAAGUAUAACAAGUAGUAUAUGAUUACGAAGUCUUGACAGAAUGGAGGGCUGUGUCAUAUCAUCUCCAUCAGAAGAAAUGAUUGCGUAUGAUCAAGUUUUUCGACCAAUGUAUGAGUUCUACCCCCAGCUUCCCAGCAUUUUAGAUGGUCAUAUGGGGAAGGGAUACUGCACUACUGAGGUGCAGAUUACCAGAAUCCAUCCCACUAAAGAGACAGGCUGGGACUACCAAACCGUUCACAUUCACCAAAGUGACCUGGAGGUCCCUCCAAGUAGUCACUUCACUGAACUGCACUCUGCCCCAUAUUGCUAUACAAACGUGGAGUCGUUUCACGCCCCUCUGGAUUCAGGACUUCUGCCUGUGCUCACUCCUCAGUAUGUCACUCUCCCACGGUAUGAGUGCUCCCCUCACGCCCCCUGCAGCACUGAUGAUGAAGAUGUGAGGGGCCGCAGCCCACCCUUCGAGGUGUCAGAAGGGGAAGAGGAGCAUGAGGAGAAGCAUGGUGCCAGCUCCGCUGGUGUACCAGGCAACAAAAGAAAAGUACGUCUUUAUCAGUUCCUCUUGGAACUGCUGAGAGAUGGGGAUAUGAAAGACUGUAUUUGGUGGGUGGACAGAGAGAGAGGCACCUUUCAGUUCUCUUCCAAGCACAAGGAGAUGCUAGCCAGUCGCUGGGGUCUGCAGAAAGGCAACCGUAAGAGAAUGACCUAUCAGAAGAUGGCCAGGGCCUUGCGAAACUACAGCAAGACUGGAGAGGUAAAAAAGGUCAAGAAGAAACUGACAUACCAGUUCAGUAGUGAGGUGCUGCGAAAGAUUCCAGUAGAAAGAAAAUAUCGCCAAUAAAGAGAGGAAUCCUGCAGCGCUAUGCUGCAUGACAGCAGACAUCUCUGCAGAACCAAUGGAGAUCACCGAAGUCUGACUUCAACUGUUUAUCUCAGGGACUUCAUACUAGACAAAUACUUUUAGGACUUCUUUUUAAGACAUGGUAUAAAUUUUAUAAUUGUUUCCUUGUGUGUGCAUAGAUGUAAUUUAUAGAGUAUAAUGAAAAACAUCCAUCAGUGUGACUUAUUUCCAUGAAUUGUUCCAAAUACUACAAAUCACAGCUUGCGGGAUGUCAUAUUAGGAGAAACUAUAAUAUGUAGACCUACAGGUUGGGAUUUCAAAAAUUAACAUCCUCGCACUAAUUAGAGCUUUGAAUGCACUGCCCCCUAGUGGUUUGAUCCACAUACAAAACCAUGCAUCUUUAUAUAAAAACGCUAUUAGGAAUUACUGCUUACUCAGUCAGACCACAAUGUUAGAGACACAAUUUUUAUUUAUGUUUUAAAACUAUGUAUAAAUUCUCUGAGAUUUCAAA